AACGGUUGCGAAGAAAUAUGAAGAGAAAAGGAGUAUAUAUUUUUUCAUUUUACUAAUUUUUUGGAUAAUUGUUGUGUAAAUAAAUGCUAAUCGGUAAUUAACUAGUUGUUCUCCUUUUAAAACUCUUCAACUACCUUCUAUAUAAAGCUCCUUAUAAUCUUCUCCAUUCCUCCUCCUCUCUCUAUAUCUCUCUAUCUUAAUAUACCUAUACAUACGCAUAUACAUACAUAAAUUCUUUCUCUCUCUCUCUCUCUCUCUCUCUCUCUCUAUUCAGUAUCGCCAUGGCAGUUAACGGCAGUGCUUCUUCCGGUUUGAUCGUCAGCUUCGGUGAGAUGUUGAUCGAUUUCGUUCCAACUGUCUCCGGCGUAUCACUCGCCGAAGCUCCCGGAUUUCUCAAAGCUCCCGGCGGUGCACCGGCGAACGUUGCAAUUGCGGUGACGAGGCUUGGAGGGAAAUCGGCUUUCGUAGGAAAGCUAGGUGAUGAUGAAUUCGGGCACAUGCUCGCUGGAAUUCUGAAGCAGAAUGGUGUACAGGCUGAUGGAAUCAAUUUCGAUACCGGAGCGAGGACGGCUUUGGCUUUCGUGACUCUACGCGCCGAUGGAGAGCGUGAGUUUAUGUUUUACAGAAAUCCAAGUGCCGAUAUGUUGCUCAAGCCCGAGGAGUUGAAUCUUGAUCUUAUUAGAUCUGCUAAGGUGUUCCACUACGGAUCAAUUAGUUUGAUCGUGGAGCCAUGCAGAUCAGCACAUUUGAAGGCAAUGGAAGUAGCAAAGGAGGCAGGUGCAUUGCUCUCUUAUGACCCAAACCUCCGUUUGCCACUGUGGCCUUCAGCAGAGGAGGCAAAGAAGCAAAUCAAGAGCAUCUGGGACAAGGCUGAUGUGAUCAAGGUCAGCGAUGUCGAGCUCGAAUUCCUCACCGGAAAUCCCAAGAUUGAUGAUGAAUCUGCCAUGUCUUUAUGGCAUCCUAACUUGAAGCUCCUCUUGGUCACCCUUGGUGAAAAGGGUUGCAACUACUAUACCAAGAAUUUCCGCGGCAGCGUUGGGGCAUUCCAUGUGAAGACUAUUGACACCACUGGGGCUGGUGAUUCUUUUGUUGGUGCACUUCUAACCAAGAUUGUUGAUGACCAAGCCAUUAUUCAGGAUGAAGCAAGGUUGAAGGAAGUACUAAGGUUUGCCUGUGCAUGUGGAGCCAUCACAACCACCAAGAAAGGAGCAAUCCCAGCUCUGCCUACUGAAGCUGAUGCCCUCACUUUGAUCAAGGGUGGAGCAUAGAGAGAACAAGAUGAUGAUGUUACUACACUUUUAAUUCUUUUUUCAUGUCUAUCCCCUUCAUGAGCCUUUUUUUUUACUUUCAAUUAAUCAGUCUAGUAGCGGCUUUCCAAUUUUCAUUUUUAGGAUUUGGGAUCUCAAGACUUGCGCAUAAUGGCACUUAAUAAACUAAGUUUUCUUCCUAUA